GACAACCAGGCACUUCUCGCAUCAUUGCAAGGAUCUCCCUACUCCGAACGCUUCGCGGACCGUGUGAAUGCAUGGGAAAAGAGGCUUGCUGAGCUCGAUACUGGCAUAACCGGGCUACAGCAGGUUCAACGUCGUUGGGUUUACCUCGAACCGAUCUUUGGAGGAGGUGCUAUAACACGAGAAGCCUCACGUUUCUGUCGGAUUGAUGUCGAUUUUAGAAAUCUGUUGACUGGCAUUGAAGCGGAUAAUCGAGUUAUCAGUUUAAUCAAUGGGCGUCGCGAAAACGAACUUCGUGACAUGCUGAACAAUUUGCUGGAUCAACUCACCCGCUGUCAGAGAGCGCUGAACGAAUACCUUGAAGAAAAGCGCAGUCUCUUUCCACGCUUUUACUUCCUCGGCGACGACGACCUCCUAGAACUUCUGGGUCACUCUGCAAGUCCCACCGUUAUACAAAUGCACUUAAGAAAGCUCUUCCAGGCCAUUCAUUGUGUCCAACUUUGCAACAAAGGAAAUGAAAUACGAAUUUCUGCCUUCUGCUCACAGGAAGGCGAGGUGGUGCGCCUCAAUAAUACCGUAAUGGUUGAUAGUGAAGUGGAAAAGUGGCUUAGACAAUUGGAGACAGAGAUGCGUUCCACGCUCUCUACUGCGCUGUCAGAAUCUUUAAGCAGCCGUCUUGACCCUUCGGAGUAUCCUGGACAAAUUCUUGCACUUCGAGAGGCAAUUUCUUUCUCAGCAAAGGUUGAAAAAGCAAUUACCGCCGGAAAGCUACCACAUCUUCAUCGGGAAUUGCAGGCAAGUUCCCUGCAAAUUAAUGCCUUUAAAAAUUUUUCUGUUUUCCAGAGCACCCUCAAUUCCUACUCUGAAGCAAGCAUGAGGCUUCACAUGACAAAGCAGGACGCAGCAUCGGAUGAGGGCUCUCAAAACCUUUCUCGUGUGUCAGCGGCCAAAUUGUUCACCCUAAUCCUAGACACAGGGCACCGCAUUAGCGUUGUUGAUCACUUGGUCAAACAAACCACAACCUCUGUCUGCGACUGGCCCUGGCAAAAACAGCUCAGAUUCUACUUCGACGCCGGUUCGGCCGCCGUACCCAAAAUUCGCAUGGCUGAUGCAGAGUUCUCUUACACCUUCGAGUAUCAGGGCAAUGCCCCAAGGCUUGUGCAUACACCCCUGACCGACAGGUGUUACCUCACCUUGACCCAGGCAAUGCAGAUGGGUAUGGGAGGAAAUCCCUACGGACCCGCUGGUACUGGCAAGACGGAAUCCGUAAAGCAAUUGGGUGGUCUCCUCGGAAGACAGGUUCUUGUAUUCAAUUGCGAUGAGGGGAUUGAUGUACAGUCAAUGGGCCGCAUUUUUGUCGGACUCGUUAAAUGUGGAGCUUGGGGAUGUUUUGAUGAAUUCAAUCGCUUGGAGGAAGCUGUAAUGUCUGCCGUCUCCAUGCAAAUUCAAGUCAUACAAAGUGGGCUUCGCUCGGGUGCGUCAUCUGUGGAACUGUUGGGAAGCUGUGUCGACCUCGAUCCAACCACCGCCAUAUUCAUAACGAUGAAUCCCGCCGGCAAGGCCUACGGUGGACGCCAAAAAUUGCCCGACAAUUUGAAACAACUCUUUAGACCCGUCGCUAUGACCAAACCAGACAACGAGUUGAUUGCUGAGACGAUUUUGUUCUCGCUAGGCUUCAGCCACGGCCGCGAAUUGGGGAAGAAACUUGUUGCUAUUUUUGCGCUAGCUAGGCAACUUCUCUCAGUUCAACGUCACUAUGAUUGGGGUCUGCGAGAACUCAAAUCAGUGCUUCGAAAUGCGGGAAUACUACUUCGCCAGGCAAGGCAGCAGGGUAACCUCGGGAACCCCGAAUCUCGUGUUACCAUGCAAGGCUCUUCUCCCCAAUGCGUGGAUCCACUAAAUUUGGAGACUCAACUACUUCUUCAGUCUGUGCGGGCCUGCAGUCUAGCGAAAUUAACGUAUGCUGACGCCACGCGUUUUGAUGCACUCCUUCGGGAUGUUUUUCCUGAUCGGAGCCAUCAUGAGAGAGUUCUAGAGGACGACUUAACAACAAAACUCACAGCAGCUAUUCACGAAGUCCUGAGAGAAAACCACCUAGAGGUUAUCGAGCGGCAAGUUUCGAAGGCCUUAGAAGUCAAUUCUCUACUAACUCAGAGGAUGGGUGUUGUAAUUGUCGGUCCGUCAGGUUGUGGAAAAUCCACAGUACUCCAUGUGCUGUGGCGAGCAUUACAAAAGGUUGGUAUCACUAUUAAGCGAUACAUUAUGAAUCCCAAAGCAUUGCCUCGAACGCAUUUACUGGGACAUACCGAUCCUGAUACCAGGGAAUGGACCGAUGGUGUGUUAACACGGAGCGCUAGAAAUGUUGCUCAGGAUCUCUCAGACACAAAAUCUUGGAUAAUCUGUGAUGGUGAUGUGGAUCCAGAAUGGGUGGAGUCUCUCAAUUCCGUCCUUGAUGAUAACCACCUGCUAACUUUGCCAAGCGGAGAGCGCAUUCAGUUCAGGGAAAAUGUCAACUUUAUCUUUGAGACGCAUGAAUUGGCCAGCGCCAGCCCGGCGACGAUUUCCCGAAUGGCUGUCCUCUUCAUCAGUGACGAGAUGCUUGACCCUACCUCGUUAGUUAAGGCUUGGCUACGAAAACAACCCGAGGAAGAUAAGCAAUUCCUCUCAGACAUGAUCGAUGCUGCAUUCUAUACAUGCUUAAGUUGGGUCAAAAAGAGGAAUGAAUACGUACUUGAAACCAGUUACACGGGCACCAUCCUCAACGGUCUCUCGCAUCUGACAGGCGCCACAAACAGGGCUAAAUUUACGGUCGGACUGAUCCGCGGAUUGGGCUCGAAUCUGCCCGAUGCAGCCAAAUGUCAGUUUGCAGCAAAGGUUUUUGAAGCAAUGGGUGAAUCUCCACCAGAUCCGUCUUAUCCACUUGAUGUGCAGGUAGAUCAGCAAACCGGCACCCGGCUUAUUCCAUACCCACAUGCCAUAAUUUUGGCCAAUCAUGAGAUAAUCAAGUCGCUUGAGUGCGACGUUUUCGACAUGGAUGAUACCGCCCCUCUCAAGACACCACUCCCGAAUUACUUCACUUCUAGCCUAAAACCGCCACUUGUGAUAACCGCCCAUACCCGCCGCUCGGCCGAUUCCUUCCGUCUGUGGCUCAAAGAACCAAAAGCCCAACAAUCAUUUUUGCUCGUUGGAUCAGAGGGAUGUGGUAAAAGUCAACUCCUUGAUUACUGUCUGGCUGCGAGUAAGAGAAAGGUGCAGGUCGCAGUUGUACAGUGUGCAGCCCAAACUCGCUCGAGUCACAUACUGGAAAAACUCACGCAGUACUGCACAACUGUAACUAGUAAUAGUUCCAGCGGUGCCAGUCGGAUGCUUCGGCCCAAGGAUGGAGAUCGACUGGUUCUCCUACUGAGGGACCUCAAUCUUCCCAAGCCGGACAAGUGGGGAUCCUGUGAAGUCGUCGCCUUUCUAGAGCAGAUGUUAACAUACAAGGGCUACUACGACACAACGUCUUUGGAAUUCAUUGGAAUUGAAGGUAUACAGGUGGUUGCUACACUUACGCCAAGUUCCACCUCGGGAGGGAUGGGUCGCUACCCAAUGUCUCCACGUUUAACGUCACUUCUCCGCGUCGCUUCGGUAACCAAUCCUGAUCGAGAGGAACUUAAUAAGAUUUAUCACUGUCUCCUCCAGCAUAUUUCUACGGAAACCAACAAAUACGCUCCUGGAGCUCUAACUUCAAAGUCGAAAAUCAUGGAAGGCUGUGGUCGACUCCAUAUUCUAGCCAGUACGAUGGUGCAUGCUUGGUCUCAAAUGGAGGCAACCUUUAGAGCUAGUAAAUUCCCUCACUGCAGUUUUUCACUGAGAGAUUUGACACGUUGGGUAAUUGGCAUGUUGCGAUACGACUUCUCAUCUGACAGUCAGUCCAGCGACCUCUGGAUUUCAUUUGGGUAUGAAGCUAGACGGAUUUUCCGUGAUCGCUUGCCUGGGGAAGAGCAUAGAUUACAGUUCGACAGAGUAUUUUCUAGUCUCCUUCGUGGAGCCUCUGAUAAUGAUAUAGACUACAGUGACUGGAAUGCUUCCCAAUCAAAGAUCAUUAAUCAGGCUGCACUGGCCGCAAAAUUUGCUACCGGUGAUCCAGUAGAAUCUAAGUCGGAUGACGAAACCGAGGUAUCUCCUACGCAAAAGGGGCAACAUUGGUUCGUUACGUGGAGCUCUACCGAUUCCCAACCAUCGAAGGCAGAUCUACCGUCUCGUGGUAAAAUGCUUAGUCUCUAUUCCUACCAACAGUUACAUAACAUGGUUUCCUCGGGUUUGAAGCAACUUGCUAAGGAGUCUUAUGCUAAGGCUAGUGGACUAGUCGUCCAUCCAGACUUUUUGGAUCUGGUUACCAGAAUGGACCGAGUGCUGAGCAGACCUUAUGGAAAUUUAUUAUUGGCAGGCCGUUGUGGAAUCGGCCGCCGGUCUGCCCUUCGUAUUGUCGCUCAUUUUCAUCAACUCCCCGUGUUUACCCUUAGGGUUGGGCACAAUUAUACAAAACGAAGUUUCACCAACGACUUAAAAUCUGCUUGUCAGUCCGCAGGCGUUGAGGGAGUGCCAACCAUCCUGUUAGUGGAAGAUUAUCAGCUGGUUCAAGAUAUCAUUCUAGAGACUAUUAACAGUCUACUAGCUUGUGGGGAGGCUCCUGGGCUAAUUUCCGCGGAAGAUAUAGAAUCCAUGUCAUUAGCCUCAGGUGAGGGAACAAGUCUUCGGGAAUCUGCUUCUGAAGCAGGAUAUGCAGGAAAUCUAAUGAGUUUUUUUGCCGAACGGGUUCACGAAAACUUACACAUAGUCAUUCUUCUCGACAUUGACGAUACUGAAAGAUUGAUAUCUCAUCUGCAUGCCAAUCCUUCUUUGUAUAAGUACUGUGAGGUCAGUUGGCUGGAUAAAUGGUCAUCAGGAAGCCAGCUUCUUCUCCCACCAUUGCUGGUCCCUUCCCUACCGGACAGUAUCCAAAAUAAUGUCUUCUCGCGAGCCUGCUUGGCGAUUCACAACACCACUCCGCACCCAAGGCUUGCCUCACCAAGGCGUUUUAUUGUGCUGUGUACUACAUAUAAGGAACUCGAGAAGCAGCACAGGGCACAACUGGAGUCACAAGUAUCCCGUUUACGAAUGGGCUUGGCAAAAUUGGAUUACGCUAAGCAGCAUGUUAAUACACUAAAGUUGAGUGCGGCUAAACAAGAAAGUCAGUUAAAGGUACAACAAGAGGAGGCCGACAAAGCUCUUACUGAGAUUAGCUCAGCCAUGCAGGGAGCAGGCAAGCAAAGGGCAGAAAUGCAAGAGCUUCAAAAGCGUUCUGCUGUUGAAGCCGUUAACCUGGAGCGGCGAAAAGAAACAAUCGAUGCGGAAUUGGCUGAAAUUGGUCCUAUCUUAAAGGAAGCCCAAUCGGCUGUAGGGAGUAUUCGACCUGAAGCCCUCUCAGAAAUCCGGGCAUUACGUGCACCUCCGGACGUAAUUCGAGACAUCCUUGAAGGCGUUUUGCUCCUCAUGGGUGUGCGGGACACGUCAUGGGUCUGUAUGCGAAGUUUUCUCGCCCGCCGUGGGGUACAGGAAGAAAUUAGAAAUUUUGACGCCAGACGACUAACUCCAGAAUUGAGGCAUAGUGUUGAGGUUCUGUUAAAGAAGUGCGCCGACUCAUUUAAUCCAAAAACUGAAUUCCUCGAAUCACUCUUCAUGUAUGAUGCUUCUCCCGACCAUUUUUACUAUUCGCCAUUAAUAAUUAGUCGUUUUUGGCUAUCUCAUCACUUUGAGUGUUUCCCCGCCUCUCAGUUUGCCAGAAGGGCGUCUGUAGCUGCAGCUCCGUUGGCCGCAUGGGUUCAGGCGAAUGUCCAGUUCGCCAAAGUCCUCGAGAAAAUCGCUCCGCUGGAGAAGGAACAGGCUGCCCUCAAACGCUCGCUCGAAGGCACCCAAGUUGCAAUGAAGAAAUUGUCUGACGACCUCAACACAGUGGACAAGAGGGUGGCGGAGCUGAGGCACACUUUUGAGUCCCACACUAAGGCGGCGGCUGACUUGCAGAUCGAACUGUCGAAAGCCAAGCACACAUUGUCGGUAGCAGAAAAUCUGGUCACUGAAUUAGAGGGCGAGCAUGUGCGCUGGGAAAAACAGGUUUUGUCUUUGACUCGGCAGUUGGAGACAUUACCAGCCACAGCGAUAAUAUCCGCUGGAUUUAUUACCUAUCUCUCAGCUUGCUCAGAGGACGAGCGCGAAGCCACUGUAUCUAACUGGUGGCAACAAAUUGAAGAACUUGGGUUGAGUAUCCCUGCAAAGCAAGCCUCGUCUAAAGCGGUACCCUUUGAUUUCAAGCGCUUUCUGGUAACAGAAAAAGAGCAGCUUCAGUGGAGAUCCCAAGGGCUUCCCUCAGACCAACUCUCAGUGGAAAAUGCUGCUGUGAUUCUCCAGAACCCUAAUUUUGUUACGGUGCUGGAGCUAGCUGUUCGCUUUGGUAAAGCACUCAUUAUUCAAGAAGUUGACCAAAUUGCGCCGAUUAUUUUCCCGAUCUUGAAAAAAGAUCUCAUAUUUCAGGGUCCUCGGGCAACAGUAAAAUUGGGUGAAAAGGAGGUGGAUUACAACGAAAGUUUCCGUCUCUUCAUGACAACCCGUCAACCGUGCAUUUCGGUGGGUGCUGUCACACCGGAGUGUGCCUCCUCGCUGGUCACUGUCGUCAACUUCCAGGCGACACGUGUCGGCCUAAUGGGACAAUUGUUAGAAAUCACUCUCCAGCAUGAGCGUGCUGAGCUCGAAACCCGUCGGUUGGAGUUGUUGAAAGGAGAGGAAGACAAGAAACUAGAGCUUGCCCAGCUUGAAGAUAGACUUCUCGAGGAUUUGGUGAAUGCACAUGGAAAUAUCCUGGAAAAUACUGACCUUCUUGAAUCCAUCAACAAAACAAAGCGUUCCAGUGUUUGUGUCGCCCAGUCUCUUGCCGAGUUUGAACGCCUUCAAGCUGAACUCGAUAACGAAAGGAAAGAAUUUCGUCAAUUGGCUGAGGGUGGAAGUCGUGUAUUCUUCGCUCUUGGUGAUUUGAUGAAAAUCAAUAACAUGUACCAGUUCAGUUUGAACAGUUUCCUUACUCUCUUCCGUAAGGCGCUUGCAACUCCUCAGGAUCCUUCAACUCCCACGAGUACGAGGCUGGCCUUUCUAUUGAGACGAGUGGAGACACUGGUCGUGGAACGUGUUCUGCGAGCGCUCUUUAAGGCAGACAGGCUUACAUUCCUGGUUCAUCUCACUCGCUGCUUGCGUCCAAAGGAAGUCACGGAAAGUGAGUGGAAGUUUUUCAUUCACGGACCAUCUUCUGAUUGCAAAAUCGACACAGAAAACCUCCCCCUGUGGAUCCCUGCUGACAGAAAAGCCGCAGUGAGCAGCCUCCGGGCCGACCAAUCAGUACUGUACAGCAAACUUCACUUUGACAAGACCGAGCUUUGGUCCAGUUGGAUGAAAUCUGAAGAUGCUGAGGAGGGAAAGUUGCCUGCAGCAUUUGACAAACUCUCUUCGACGGACUUUCAAGUCCUUCUCACCGUUCAGGCUCUUCGGCCCACAGAACUUUACCGAGCAAUGAAGCAAUUUGCUAAGAAAACCCUUGACCUACCUCACCUCUCACCUUCGAGUGCAAGUCUUCAACGCCUGUUCGCGGCCGAAACCAGUUCUUGCGAGCCAAUACUAAUAAUCAUUAGCCCUGGAACUGAUCCCUCACAGGAGUUGGCCGAAGCUGCUGACAAGCAUGCUUAUCGCGAAGUUGCUAUGGGCCAAGGGCAGUUGGAGAACGCUCUAGUUGAAAUCACCAAAGCCGCCAAGUCGGGUGGGUGGGUGUGCCUGAAGAACCUCCACCUUGUCACUCAUUGGCUCCCAGUUCUGGAGAAGCACAUUAACUCCGUGGUUCAACCCCACAGCAAGGCAGAAGCGCAAGGAGCCGAUGUGGACCAGUGGCCUCAUCCAGACUUCCGUUUGUGGUUGACAACGGAGCCGCACUCUAAUUUCCCGUCGACUCUUUUACAAUCCUGUCUCAAAGUGGCCUAUGAGGCUCCACCGGGUCUGAGAAACAAUAUGAAGCGGACUUAUGAAAGUUGGAACGCCGAAUACGUGGCAAAAGGCAACUCAGUGACGAGGUCAACGGCUCUUGCUAGUCUCGCUUGGUUCCACGCCGUCCUCCAAGAACGUCGAUGCUUUAUUCCGCAGGGUUGGACUAAAUUUUACGAAUUCACUCUCGUUGAUAUUCGAGCUGCAGCUGACAUACUUAAUCGUCUUUUCCCACCCACAACCUCAAAAACGCCAGCAUCAGCACCAUGGUCAUCCAUCAGGGGUUUGCUUUGUAAUGCUAUUUACGGCGGACGCAUGGACAACCCAUUCGAUGUCAAGGUCUUGGAGUCAUUUCUCAACCAAAUUUUCUGUGAAGACACGCUCAAUCAGCGUCAGUUAGGGCCAUUGAGGCUACCGAGUUCAGUAAAUAUUAAGGACUACGUGACCGCCAUUGAUGCACUCUCAGACGUAGAUAAACCAAGAGAUCUGGGGUUACCAGCAAACAUUGGGAAGACGGCUCAGCAUAUUGCUUCAGCAAAUGUCCUCGGGCAGCUUCGAAUGCUCCAACGAAUAGUCGGAUCCUCCAAUCAAAAUGACAGAAGUCUCUGGCUGAGAGAACUUGGUCCUGCAUUAGCCCUCUGGAAGAAACUCAACCAUUCUGGGUGUCUUUUACCCAAUAAAAACGGGAAUUUAUAUGAGAUUUUGAUGAAACUGGGGGAAAGGUCGCUGCGCGAUGCCAAAGAGUCCCCAGUUCUUUCCUUUUUGCACCGCGAAAUGACCAGUGCACUCAGCCUCAUUGCCACGGUCCACCAUAACCUGGGCUCGAUUUCGAAAUUCCUGCGCGGGACGUGUGUUCUAACGCAGGAGAUGGACGCGGUGAUCCAUUCGAUUUUGCGUGGCGAGACACCUACUUCGUGGCUGAAGGCUUGGAGCACAGGACCGGAAGACUACUCGUCUUUCCUCAGAAUUCUAAUUGCAAAGACCCAGGCUAUGGAGAAAUGGUUAAUUCGGGCUGAAUCAUCCACCCAGUUCCUUUCCACUGAGGUUAAUUAUAACCUUGCCGACCUUUUCAAUCCGUCAGUGUUCCUUAAUGUGGUCCGACAACAGACAGCCCGUCAUCUUGGGGUGGCCAUUGAUCAGUUACAACUUGUGUCGAACUGGCCGCGUGCUCAUAGGGGCCUUGGAAGUCAUCUUGGAAAUCAGGCACUCACGAUCUCCGACUUGCACUUGGAGGGUGCAGUUCUCGAGAAUGGUAAGCUUGACGACUGCCAUGCGGCUUCACCAACCGUAGGAGCUUUGCCGGAUAUUCAAAUCGCAUGGAAAUCUGUGGCUAUGGCAGAGCCUUUUGGAUUGGACGAGACUGUGGAGCUACCUGUCUACUUCGAUUUUACGCGGUCAAGUUUGGUCACUCAGUUGCGAGUCCCAUGUCUUCCUGGUAGCCAACUCAAGUGGAUGCAGAACGGUACCGCUAUUUUACUGAAACCCUUUUGA